AUGGCGAACGCUACCGAUCCCCUGGCACGCACGGUGCAUGGCACAAACCCUCAGAACUUGAUCGAGAAGAUCACAAGGCAGAAGAUCUACAACAACCUGUAA